CGGAACUCCGUCUCCACACCUUCCCGCCGUGGUUCUCCCGACCCGGAGUUUCCGUGGCGGGUUAAAGAAGUGGAGGACCGCUCGGGUCUCGGAUGGUGUUUCAUCCCUGCAGGCUGUAUGCUGGUUAGGCUCCUUUUUCGCAGGCGCCAGCGAUGCGCGCUCCCGCGACAGGCCACGCGUUUCUCGGCGUAACACCUGCUGGGUUGAGACUCUUUCUCCUGAAGUCGUGAGGUAUCCCUCCGCGCCGCUCACACUGAGCAUGUCCUCCGCUCUAACUCGUCAUGUGAUCUGGCAGUCCGAGGGGCUGGUGGCUUACCUGAACCCCCGGCCCUGGACCCCGGGGUCCGUGAUCCUGGAGAGCAGUUCUACGGGCAGCGCAGGAGGCAGCAUCUUCCACCUCGGCGAGUCCGAGUGCUCGACCUGGCUGCUGGGGGCGAGGACCGUCGCUGAGCUGCUGUGUGACCGGCUGGGUGUUCGGCGGUGUGCUCUGGUCAGCAGACCCCACAGAGACAGACCUGCUCAGAUCCGUAUCCUGCCCCUCCACGGUCUGGACGCAGAGUGGCGCCCCCACCUGGCCGGAGAAGAGGAGCACAACGCUCACGACCCGGGAUACUGCACCUCCAAAACGGCUCCUCAAUGGAGCGACUCCAGCCUGACCGACGUUCAGAGCCGAAUCAGGGCGAGGCUGCCGCUCCCCGACGUGCCGCCGGACCUCACGUUCCUGGGCGACGACCCGGCUCACGCCGGCCUCUUCUCGCGCAUCGUCCGAGGGGAGGAGAAGCAGUGGCGCGUGUGGGAGGACGAAAGCCACGUCGCCUUUCUCACUCCGUUCCCCAACUCCCCCGGCUUCACCGUGCUGGUUCCGCGGCGACCUCUGACCUCUGACAUAUUCCGACUGCAGAGAGGAGACUACGAAGCGCUGGUGUCGGCCGCCAGGAAGGUGUCGCUGCUCUUGGAGGAAGGACUCGGCGCCUGGGGGGUGGGGCUCAUUUUCGAGGGCUUUGAAAUCGACUACGCUCACGCCAAGCUGAUCCCGCUGCCGUCACCGUCAGGGGAAGGAAACGAAGCCGCCACGCCUCGCUCCCCGCACUUCCACCCCACUUACCCGGGUUAUGUCACGUCAGAGGACGGGCCUGAAGCUGACCCGGAGAACCUGAAGGAGCUGCAUGCUAAAAUUACUGCUGCUUAAUGUCACUGCGUUCAACUCAAGGUUUUUUUUUUUUGUUUUGUUUUUUUUACCAAUCACAAUAAUGUGCUUGUUUCCCGUCAGCCAAGCACGUAAAUAAUAUAAAUCAUCAAGCAAGUAUUUUGUCUCUCCAUCAAAAACAUCGACUUUUAAUUCAGAAAUCUGAUUGAAAUAAUGUGAAUACUAACAUUCCAGUAAAUGUAAAAAUCUUUACAAA